CCAAUGUUUCAUCGCGUGGGCAGAAAACAAGCGCCGUCUCCCGGGUGCGAGGAAUCUACGCAGGCGUAUUAAUAUUCAAAACACCAUAGCGGGGCUAAGUUUCGGCGGCGGUUUGGGCAAUAGUUGGAUGAACAUUUAAAAGUGCUCGUGUUCAAGGUUCGUCCAUUUUGAGCGCGGUUGUAGCGAGGAAGGGAAGCAGGGCUGUGUGAACCUCACCAUGAUGCAACUCUACCAUCUGUGUUGGCUUGGACUAUUAGUUAUCAUAUAUACAGGAAGCUGCUACGCCGCAACAAGCGAUGACGAAAGUGAGGCUGAGACUAGUCAUUCAAGAGUGAGGCGGAACGGCUGGAGCAUGUACAGACUGGGCAGAGGUCUACAGAUGCUCAGGUUGGGUAAGCGAGGAUUGCCUAUGAUUCGACUGGGCAGAACACCAUCCAGCGACAGCGCACUAACACCAGAAGAAAUCCGAUACCUACUGACUUCAAUGAUGGACGACUCAAAGACUUUAUCUAGUCGACAAGUCCCGGUGCCAAGGUACGGCAAGGACCUCGACUACCAGACGGCUUACGAGCAGAGUCUUGGCGAUGAAGACGACGAGAAAAUUAUGCGACGCUCAGCAAAUCCCCUCGAAAUAGAUGAAGGUCUUCCGCGUCUGCGCCCAGCACCCCGCGGAGGUCGCUUCCGCCGUUCUGACCUCUCGCAGUUCACGAGACUUUCCGAGAAACUCAAGGAAUUACAGAACCGUGAGAGAGCGGUGGCUCUUCCAAGGAUUGGACGCUUUUCAAAGGAAAGAGCAGUGCCUAUCCCAAGGAUUGGCUGAAGUAGACAUCUACACGAAACGUAAUUCUGAGGGUGCAUUUAAUGUAUGUAAUAUUAGCCUACAGCUCAGUGAACAAACGAUACUCACACUGCGAUAUUAUCCCGUACAUCGCUCAUAAACCAUUCCUUAUGCAUAUGCAUAUGUUUAUCUUUUCUUUUGAUGGUAUUUUCUUGCACUGAAUAAGUCACAAUCACAGAGUCCUUUUGUAGAUAUGGUUAAUUUCCUGGUGCCAAAGUCUACAAUACCCCCAGCCAAGAGACGUGACGUAGGUUGAAUCAAUGUUAGAGAAACUCUAGAGUUUUUAUCAUGAACGAUUUUCCAUUCGUGAAAUGAAACUCAAGGGAAACAUUUUCUGAAUGUGAAUAAAAAAUUGUAUUUUCA